CCAUCGCUUGAAUCACCGUGUAAGGUCUAGUCAUUUUUGAGUGAGUAGCCACACGCGUUUUACCAUGGGCCUAAUUUUACUUGGGCUCUUGGUCAUCCUUCAAAUCUUUGGACCAUCGUCGAUUGUCGAAGGAUCCCUUUCCGGUUCGGGCAUCUUGGAACGGCACAAACGUACUUUGUUGCUGACAGAGGAUUCGGCUACCGGUAUUUUGGCUGCCAUAGCCAUUCCUUUGCAAAAGGAAAAACCGAGCGGAGUGGAUAUAUUCUGCUCGUAUAAUUUCGAGGCAAACUACGGUAUGACAGUAGAGGCAUCCGAUUGGACGGAUCCUUUCAAGAGGUUUAGAGUGGAGGAAACCCAAAACGGACUUCUGGAUACCGGUGGAGAAGAGGGUGGUGAAAGACGGAAACGACAAUCACUAGCGUUCAGGAAGUCGGACGGAAUCACUCGGCGAAGGCUGUAUCACGUCAUUGAGCAACAGUUAUGGGUUGCUGGUUAUGAUGGGAGGAAAUGUUUACUGAGAGCCAUUUGUGAAGCAUCCCGCUUAGGCUUCCAUGAGCAUAAUGGUGUGGUAGGUGAUUUGAUUCAAAUUAUACUAAGUCCAUCUCUGUCAGCCGACGAGCAACUUCCAGUGGAGUUCUACAAAGCAGAAAUGUUAGGACUGUACAGGAAUUGCACGAAGUAUAGGAAGUACUGUCCUAGGGAUACGAGUUGUGAUUUUUGGAUAAAAAAAGCUUGCACAGCUUGAAUACUUGAUCAGCCAUUAUCACGAUUGACUUUUGUUUUACUCUAAGACAGGACGUGACAGCUCAACUAAGACUGCCCCUUUGGUUUUUUAGUAGAUAACCUUGACGAUACAAGAGCCAGUG